AUGGUUAAGCGCAAGCAAGAUCUCGGCGAUGUGCCCAUGGGCGGCACCAAUGCUCACGACUCUGACUCUGACUCUGACAUUGACAUGGUCAAUGUUGAUUUCGAGUGGUUUGACCCGCAACCUGCCGUCGACUUUCACGGUCUUAAGAACCUUCUCCGCCAACUAUUCGAUAAUGACGCCCAGAUCUUCGACCUGUCCGCACUGGCCGACCUGAUUCUGUCGCAGCCAACGCUGGGCUCGACUGUCAAGACGGAUGGCAAUGAGUCGGACCCAUAUGCGUUUUUGUCAAUUAUCAAUUUACAGGAGCACAAGGACAAGCCCGUUGUCCAGGACCUGACCAAAUACAUCAAAACCAAGGCCGCCGCCAACCCCUCCCUCGCCGCCCUCAAUGAGCUCCUCUCCCAGAAAACCGUCCCAUCUAUCGGCCUGGUUCUCACCGAGCGUGUGAUCAACAUGCCAGGACAAAUUGUUCCGCCCAUGUACAAUAUGCUUCUGGAAGAAAUGGCCUGGGCGAUCCAGGACAAAGAGCCUUACUCCUUCACUCACUACUUGAUCAUCUCGAGGGGAUACGAGGAGGUUGAGUCGAAGCUUGAUAUCCAGGAAUCACGCCCGCAGAAGAAAUCAAAGAAGGGAUCCAAAGAGAACCCGCAUUAUUUCUUCCACCCGGAGGACAAGGUGCUGCAGCGCCACGCACUAUGCUCGGGCACGCUCGAGUUUACGCAUCAGCAGGAUGACGGCCACUCCGACUCCAAGCGCGCAUUCCAGGAACUUGGUAUCCGGACCAACGGUAGCUUGAUUCUCAUCGACGGUGCUCAGUUCGAGCCGGCCGUUAAGGCAGUGGAAGAGUAUCUGUCUUAA